UUUUUCUGUUUCCUCUCUUAGUUUUCACAUCUCUCUCACUCUCUGGUUCUUGGCUCUUCUAACAGCAAAAAAAUUAAAGAAAUCAUUUCUCUUUUAUUUUUGAGAAGAGAGAUACGUUAAAGGUUUUGAUAUCCCAUAGAACUGGAAAUUCAGGCGAUGGAAGGGAUGGAACAGUGGAAGGAUCAAUUAGAGCAGUUGAAGAGUCAAUUGGAGCCAUGGAAGAAUCAAUUGGAGCAGUGGUUGCAUCAAGCAAUUGAGUAUUUGAACCAAAUACCCCCGAUUCAACUUUAUGCUGCUGUUGCUGUCUUGCUCGUUUCUACCCUCUUGCUUUUGUCCUUCCACUUGUUCAAACGCACAAAAUCUAAUAGCAUUGUACUCACUGGCCUUAGUGGGAGUGGAAAAACUGUUCUGUUCUAUCAGCUUCGUGAUGGUUCCUCACAUCAGGGCACUGUUACGUCCAUGGAACCAAAUGAGGGCACUUUUGUGCUAAAUUCAGAAAGUUAUAAGAAGGGCAAAACCAAGCCUGUCCAUCUUGUUGAUGUUCCUGGGCAUUCUCGUCUGCAGCCCAAACUGGAUGAGUUUUUGCCUCAAGCAGCUGGCAUUGUGUUUGUUGUUGAUGCUUUGGAGUUCUUACCAAACUGCCGUUUAGCUUCAGAGUACCUGUAUGAUAUUUUGACCAAGGCAAGUGUGGUCAAGAAGAAAAUUCCAGUUCUUAUCUGUUGUAAUAAAACCGAUAAAGUGACAGCACAUACCAAGGAGUUCAUCAGAAAGCAAAUGGAAAAGGAAAUUGAUAAACUGCGGGCGUCAAGAAGUGCAAUAUCAGCAGCUGAUAUUUCAAAUGACUUCACUCUGGGGGAACCUGGAGAAGCAUUUGCAUUCUCUCAGUGCAGAAACAAAGUUACCGUCGCUGAAGCUUCUGGUUUGACCGGGGAAGUAGCACAAGUAGAACAGUUUAUCAGGGAACAUGUAAAGCCAUAGGCUAAAGGCAUUCUGCUUCGUUCAUGUCUCUGUAAAACUCUCUUUGAAAGCUGGUUUGGAUAUUCCAUCUUGAACGUUGAAAGAAGGCCAAAGAAAACCAUUGAACUUAUAAGAGAAAAGAGGAGAGGAAAACUUAGAUGUGAACUAAUUUACAAUAUUGUUUUGGAUUAGAUGUGAAUGUGAUUGCCAACAAAUUAUUAUACUUCUAUUAACUUUUAGAAUUCU